AUGGCUUUGAAGAGAAUCAACAAGGAACUUACAGACCUGGGCCGUGACCCACCGUCGUCAUGCUCUGCCGGUCCUAUCGGAGAAGAUCUGUUCCACUGGCAAGCAACCAUCAUGGGUCCUGGAGAUUCUCCAUACUCAGGGGGUGUCUUCUUCCUCGCCAUUCACUUCCCAACAGACUACCCAUUCAAGCCACCUAAGGUCAACUUCACCACCCGAAUCUAUCACCCUAACAUCAACUCGAACGGCUCUAUCUGUUUAGAUAUUCUCCGUGAUCAAUGGUCUCCAGCCUUGACCAUCUCAAAGGUCCUCCUCUCCAUCUGCUCCAUGCUUACUGACCCCAACCCCGACGACCCACUGGUACCUGAAAUCGCCCACGUCUACAAGACCGACCGAUCCCGAUACGAAGCCACCGCGAGAGAAUGGACACGUAAAUACGCAAUCUAA